CGAGCCAACCGGAGGGCGGGCCCCUGGAAGCGUGGGGAACCGCCUGUGUCUGCAUCACCCCGAGGGUGGGCCAUCGCCGCCCGGGGAGGCCCCACGAGAGAGGUGGCGCAUGCUUGCUCCCUCUCGUCCCGCGGGGCCCUGGUCCGGGCUUUGGCUUCUGAGUGAGAGCCGAGCCCCUGUGAUGCUGGCCUCGGGAUUCUAGCCGGCUUCAUCUUCAUCCUUCCGUUUGAGGAAAUUCUCCGUCUCUUCCUUCCUCACUGGGCAAGCAGAAGUCAGCGGCACCGGCCUGCGGCGGCGGCCGGGGGCUGUGACUUCACAAGUCCCUUGGCGGCGGCGGGGGCACCUCGGGGUCCUUCCCCCAGAGGCAAGCCAUGGAAACCCGGUGGGGACUCUUCUGGGUCACCGCCCUGUGCGUGCUGGCCCACGCCCAAGGGCAAGGCGACUUCGACUUGGCCGAUGCUCUCGACGACAACGCUGAGCCCACAAAGAAGCCAUACUCAGACAUCUAUCCCAAGCCGAAACCCCCGUACCCCCCGCAGCCCGGAAACCCGGACAGUGGAAAUAUCUACCCAAGACCCAAGCCACCACCGCCUCGCCCACAGCCUGGCUAUCCCGAGGGUGGAGGUUCCUUCGGUGACGGGGACGACGGCCGCUACCCGCCCAGGCCCAGGCCCAGGCCGCCCGCAGGAGGUGGCGGAGGCGGAGGCGGUGGCUACUACCCCUCCGGGGGUCACGAUGGCUACGGAGGCGGCGGCGGAGGCGGCUACCGCCCGGGUCACGAUGGCUACGGAUCACACGGAGGUGGGCGCUCUCGACCCAACUCGGGCGGAUAUAACUAUGGUGGUGACAGCUACAAUACCUAUGGCAACCCUCAAGGCAACAUGGUGGCGAAAAUUGUGUCUCCCAUCGUCUCCGUGGUGGUGGUCACGCUGGUGGGCGCCGCGGCCACCUACUUCCAGCGCAACCGGAGGAGAAAUUGCUUCCGAACCAACGCACCGGAGAACGUCUGAGGACCUGGACGUGCCCUGGGGAAACCUCCGUCUAGACGGGACCCGCGCCCCCCUCUCCUGUGGAAAGUCUCCUUCGUCCUUGGCUUCCUUGAACUUGAC